ACUUAAUCGCCCUCCCAAUGGGCCUCCACUACGCCAGUGCCCAAGAUCUCAACAUCAGCGCCUCUCUUCAAAUUAUCUAUAUCUUUAUUCUCUCCACGGCCUUCGAUUUUUAUCGCUAUACCGGCCAUCAUCGGUCGACUCCAGUCUUCGCCCAACAGACCACCGGUCGCUUUCUUCUUUUUCACCGUCAUUCGGGUCGUAAGACCCGGCCUCAACAAUAUCACAAUGGAUGCCGUCGGACAAUCUACCGCAUUCGUGGCCCUCCAAACCGCUGACGUCGCCUUCACAGCAAGCUGGCGGGUCUAAUAUCUAUCAUCAUUGCGAAAACGUUCAUCAAUCCUCCUUUGAGCUUUCCGAUCCAUACCUAUGGUCCGAUAUGCCUAUCUCUGAUCCCUCUACGUCUUUUGCCUCUCGAGACCCUUUGUUUACUACACAUGGCUCAUCUCCCGAUUCGAUAUUCGCCGACUCGGCUUUACUAGGCUGGGAUGAUGCCAUUGGCAAUUUCCCUCAACCUCUGAUUCCACCAGUGAUGGAAACAUUCCCCGAUACAGCACUAGAGACAGUGGGUCAAUUUCCAACUGCUGCACCGGACGCCACGCUAGCAUAUGGCAACGCCGGGAAUGUCUCUGGAUUUCCUAGUCCUCGCUACGCUGGCUGUGUCUCGUACACAUCAUCUAAUGGCAGCUCAUCUCCGCCGGGAAAUAUGUGCCCAAAAGAAUCAACAAGACGGGUUGACAAACGCCAGAUGAACACCAUGGCAGCUCGUCGGUACAGGAAGCGACGGCUGGAUCGAAUGAAUGAGCUCGAGGCAGAAUUGGAGAUUGCCAAACGGGAGCGCGAGGAAUGGAGGGUCAAAGCUUCAAUACUGGAGGGCGAGGCAUCUGCACUGAAGAAAUUGCUGGAGUCGCGGAAGGAAACGAAGGAGACGUAAGCGGACUUUUUAUAGACUUUUCUACAUUUCACGACAUAUUUAUAUCAGCU